AUGCGCGACCACGCUCUCCCUACUGUUAUUGUCAGCCUGUCAGAUCCUGUAUCCCUGGAUGCUACAGGUGAAGCUCGCGCUGUACUGCAGAGGUUCAACGCUGCUGUAGCAGCAGACCGUCCGGACUUGCUCGAAGAAUGUUUCUAUGCCGAGCAGUCAUUUUGGAAAGAUCAACUCGCACUCACAUGGCAUCUACGUACCAUCAUAUCACCAGCUAAAAUCGCCUCUGCAUUGUUGGAGACAAAGAAUCUCCGCAGUGUGACUGGAAAUUUUGAGCUCGAUGGCAGCGCAGACUUUGUGCAAGCCGGUCCUACAAUGGUGUUCGUUACUUGUGCAUUCUCUUUCGGAACAGAAUCUCCAGCAGCCAAUUGUAGCGGAAGGAUGUGGCUCUUGCCAGUCAUGACGACCAACUCCCAGACGACCCAAGAAACCCUGAAUUGGAAGAUUUGGAUCCUGAGUACAAAGCUUGAUCAUCUCGACGAAUAUCCAGAAGAUCGAAGUGUGCUGCAAACUCCUGGCACGUCACAGACGGACAGCAGCACAUUCAAGACAGAUGUGUUCAUUGUGGGAGGUGGUAAUGCAGCUGCAGCACUCUCAGCGCGACUGAAGGCGUUGGGCGUGCACAGCGUCAUGGCUGAUCGCAACGCCCAAGUAGGUGACAAUUGGACAUUACGCUACGACGCGUUGAAGUUCCACGUCCGAACGUCUCUCUGUGGACCACCAUAUCUGGAAUAUCCUGAAGAGCUACAAGACCAACUUUUGACUAAGAAAGAUCUUGCAGCGCAUCUCAGUCAGUACGUGCGAGCUUUCAAUCUAAAUAUCAUCAACUCGGUCGAGAUAAUCGAGACAACAAGAGAGCGGAGCGGGGAAUGGCAUGUCCGUUUCCGGAUACCAAACGGCACUUACACAGCUAUUGCCAAACACGUGGUACAAGCUACAGGUAUCGGAUCUCAGAUACCCUACGCCCCGGCGAUUGAAGAGCCGCAAGCGUACACUGGCAUCAGCAUACAUUCAUCACAAUUCAAGAACGCCAGCAAGCUGAAGGAAGAAGGCGUCAAGACUGUUUGUAUCGUUGGGUCAGCCAACACGGCCUUUGAUGUGCUCGAAGACUGCCACGCUGCUGGACUCCAGACAACCAUGAUUGCUCGCUCGCCGACUUACAUGGUACCUCUCACGUACAUCUGUAACAAGAUCGGUCUUGGUGCGUAUGAUAACGGGGUCGAGGCUGCUGACAACCUGUUCAUGAUGCUUCCCAGUAUUGUAGACAGUCAGUUUGCGCAAGGUUUGUUCGCUGCACUAGCCUCGCAGGAACCUGAUCGCUACUCUGCUCUCCGGAAAGUUGGCUUCCAGGUCAUCGACAGCCAAGAUCUAGACGCUGCGUUGGUGCACAAUCUCCUUGAGCGUGGCGGCGGGCAUUAUGUCGAUACAGGCGCUACAGAGCUUAUAGUAAGCGGCGAAGCAAGCUUCAGAGCUGGUGUCGAGCCCAAAGCAUAUACAAGCACAGGACUGUUGUUGUCUGACGGAUCAAGCCUGGAUGCCGAUGCGGUAAUCUGGUGUACCGGGUUUGCAGACAAGGACGCGCGGGAGACGGUGGCUGACAUCCUCAAAAUAUCAUUACCCAUUGACGCCACUUGGGGUGUUGACACUGAAGGCGAGAUUCGUGGAAUGUGGAAGCGUCACUCCCAAGUAGAGAACUACUGGAUCAUGGGUGGUUUUACUCAGCAGCAUCGCUGGCACUCAGCGACUCUGGCGCACCAGAUUAAAGCUUCCCUUGAGGGACUGCUGCCUCCGCCCUACAUUAGCUGA